AUGGCGGAACUAUCAGCUCCUCUUGUCAUCGAAAAAGGUCCAGUUAUUGCCCCCUACUUGAUACUCAUUGUUGUCUGCAUCAUCUUUCUAUACACUGGGUACCGCAGGCUCCUUCCCAAGCCCAUCCCUGGCAUCCCAUACAAUAAGUCAGCGACCCGGUCCCUCUUUGGCGACAUACCUGAGAUGAUGAGCUACAUCGCCAAAACCGAGGAGGUCUGGCCGUGGGUUGCAGACCAAAUCAUGAAACACCAAUCGCCUAUUGUCCAAGUCUUUGCAAGACCCUUCGGCCGGCCUUGGGUCAUCUUAUCGGAUCACCGCGAAAGCUAUGACAUCCUCCUCCGACGGACAAAAGAAUUCGACCGAUCUGCUUUUACAGCCGAUGUCUUCACCGGGCUGGUGCCAGAGAUGCACAUCAAUUUUCAAUCCACCGAGGAGCGAUUCAAACUCCACCGGAAUCUCUUGAAAGAUCUCAUGACUCCUGCCUUUCUCCACGAGGUUGCUGGCCCUCAGAUAUACGGCAGCACCGAGACUUUCAUAAAGCUUUGGGACUUCAAGGCUCAAGUGGCACAGGGGCAUGCCUUUGAGGCAGGUCAGGAUAUCUACAACGUGGCGCUUGAUGUCAUCUUCGCGACAACAUUUGGACUGCAAAUCAAGGAUAGCAACACGUCCGCGCAGUUGCAGCAGCUCUCGGCAGCCAAAAGUCUUGACCCUCCUCAGUCCCUCACUGACCCAAUAUCUUUCCCUGCGUUCCAUCGUCCGGCGGAUUUCGAAGCCAUUGCAACGCUCACAGAGUCUCUAGAAGUCUCCGUCAAAGCUCCUUUCCCUCGCUUCGCCCACUGGGUCAUACGCCAAUUCCCCUACAUGCGGAAAGCCAGAGCCUACAAGGAGAAGCUCUUCUCCGAUAUGGUGGUCGAGUCACUCAGGAAGCAAUCUUCUGGGAAUCAAGUCAAGAGAUCGGCUCUUGAUGACAUCUUACAACGGGAGACGGCUGCGGCAAAGAAAGAGGAUCGACAACCAGAGUAUCAUUCCCGCGCGAUUUAUGACGAGCUCUUUGGAUUCAUCAUUGGCGGUCACGACACGACGAGUACGACACUUAUGUGGACGUGCAAAUACUUGGCCAUUGCUCAAUCCGCCCAAACCACACUCCGCUCUCGCCUUCGAGCCGCCUACGCGACAGCGACAGCAGAACAACGUAACCCGACUUUGGAAGAAAUCAUUAAGGUUCAGAUUCCAUACCUCGACGCUACCAUUGAGGAGAUGUCUCGGACAGCACAGAUCUUCAACGGAUCCAUUCGUACAACCACCGUGGACACCACACUGCUAGGCUACAACAUCCCCAAGGGCACCGACGUAUUUCUCAUGCAGAACGGCCCAGGGUACCUGUACCCUCCUCUGCCUGUAGACGAUUCGAAGCGAAGCCCAUCCAGCUUGGCCGCCAAGACCCAAGUCGGACAAUGGACACCGGAUGAAGAAGAUAUGCAGACAUUCCGGCCCGAGCGCUGGCUCGUACAGGAUCCAGAAGGCGGUAAAGAGGUCUUUGACGCCCAGGCCGGACCCCAUCUCGCGUUCGGACUAGGUCCUCGGGCGUGCUACGGUCGGAGGUUAGCAUAUCUCCAGAUGCGCAUCAUCCUGGUCCUGAUGAUCUGGAACUUCGAAUUGCAGGCGACCCCGGCCGAGGUCAGCACCUGGGCGGGCUCGAACAAGUUGGCUCGGCAUCCGAGAAUGUGCUAUGUGAAGUUGGAGAAGGCGAAAUUUUAG